CAACGGGGGCCGCAAGGUGAGCCCCACGAGCGUCCUUAUUGUCGGUAUGCGCUCUUCCACCCUCACAAUGGGCUCCUCAUACCCAGCUUGCUCUUCCUCCUCGUCCAUUGACGUGCACAAUCAAGCCAGGCCCCUGAACGCUUUCCAACCAUGACGGCCACGGAACCAUUCCGCCUCACAGCAGCACAAGCGCAAGCCAAAUUCAAAGAUGGCUCGUUGACCGUUGAGCAAUAUGCGAAAUCGCUCCUCCACCGCGUCUCGACACGCGAUCCGACCGUCCACGCCUGGGCAUACCUCGAUCCGGACCUCGUUCUUGAGCAAGCGCGCAAGCUCGACCGCAUACCGCCAGAGGAGAGAGGACCGCUCCAUGGCGUCGCCAUUGGUGUCAAGGAUGUCAUCCUUACGAAGGAUAUGCCGACGCAACACAAUUCGCCGAUAUACGAAGACGACGCGCCGAGGAUUGAUGCCGCGAGCAUCAUGACGCUGAGGGCAAAUGGGGCAUUGAUAUUCGGCAAAACAACGACGACCGAAUUUGCAGCCACCUCCGUCGGCCCCUCGCACAAAGGCCCCAAAACGGCCAAUCCACACGACCCUUCUCGAACACCGGGCGGCUCGUCGUCGGGCUCAGGAGCAGCGGUAGGAGACAUGCAGGUGCCAAUUGGCUUAGGAACGCAGACAGUGGGAAGCACAAUCCGCCCCGGCUCCUUCAACGGCAUAUACGCCAUGAAGCCUACCUGGAACUCGAUAUCGCGCGAGGGCCAGAAGCUCUACUCGCUCAUCUUCGACACCCUCGGCCUCUACGCUCGGAGCGUAGACGACCUACAGCUGCUCAUAGACGCCUUUCAACUGGUCGACGAUGGGCCUGAGGGGCACUUCGCCAUCAAAGGUGCCAAAUUCGCCCUCGUCACUCUCCCAACACCGGAAUGGCCCGAGCCCGGUCCUGGCACCGAAGCCGCAAUGAAGAAAGGCGCAGAGCUUCUCCGAGCCCAUGGCGCUAUGGUUGAAGAGAUCACCUUGCCCGACGAGUUUCGCCCAAUGUACAAGUACCAUUUGCAAGUCCUCGCCGGUGACGGCCGCGUCGCAUUUCUCCCCGACUACUACCAGGCGAAGCACCAUCUUCACGAUUCGCUCAUUGGUCAUGUUGAAAACAAGGAUAAGCAUACGCGGAGAGAUCAGCUAAAGGCUUUCGAUGAACUGGCGGCUAUGCGACCGAAGAUGGACGUGCUCGCCGAUAAGUAUGCCGCAAUUAUCGCCCCGAGCGCCCUGGAUGAGGCGCCUGUUGGGCAAGGAAAUACAGGCAGCGCGGCCUUCUGUGGACCGUGGACCGCCAUGCAUAUGCCGGUCGUAAAUGUGCCAGGCUUCAAAGGCGAGAAUGGUAUGCCGAUUGGAUUGAGUGUGGUUGCUUCGAGAUAUCGAGACCAGCAUUUGCUGAGGGUGUGUAGGGAGGUGGGGAAGAUAUUUGAGGCUGAAGGGGGGUGGAAGAGGAAUCUGUGAGAGCUGGAUGCUGAGGAGCGUACGUGAUGUAGAUCGAGGAAAUGGGUGCAAAUGGGACCAGCUGGCAUUCGUAUAGCCAAUGCUGAAGAGCUUCACAGGUCGGUACAGUGGCACGUAUAGUUGGUGUACGACCUUGCAUCUAUGCAGGUCCUUGAAUACGGAGUCUAUUUUACAGCCCAGGGUGGAGUUCGCCGAG